AUGGCCACAUUGUCUGUGGGAGAUGCCACACGCUGGGGUGCAGUAGAAUCACCUGCUGGCGGAGUCGAGCCACGUGCACUAACUGUGGACAAGAAGGACACGCCCGUAUGGAGUGCGAGGAACCCUACAAGCAGCCUAAUCGGCCCCAAGGCCAGAGUCAACAGCGCACUAGUCCCUAUAACAACCGUAACGGCCGUUUUGAACUCUCGAGGAGAGUCGACCGUCGCGUAUGAAGUGGACCUCGUCUCGAACGGAAUGAAUCAACCCACCCGGGAUGCGACUGAAGUGAAUGUAAAUGAAGUGUAUGUGACUGAAGAAAUGGAUCAAGAAGGACAAUUUGACGAAGAGCUGAACUCGGAGAGUACCGAGCGGGUGCAGAGUGUGUCGAUGGUAGCAGAGGCUACGGAAGCAUCGAGAGUGAACCCGCAAGAUGACAUCGAAACGUCUGAGGAACUGAAUGAAGCAGAGGAGCUGAUACAAGACGUAUACAAAGAGGAAGGGAGCUCGCGAGGAAGCCCCCCUCAAAAGGAGGACGGCCAGAGUGGUAGAGAAAAACCCCGUGGCCCGCGCAAACCGUAUUAUGCCCGCCUGUUCACGACAGAAGAACUCGACGAUCUCGAAGCUGGAAGAGCGACAGGGGUUUCUGAAGAGAAGGAUGAAUACGACAAGGAGCUCGAAGACCGCCUCAUCGGUCUCGACGAAGUUGCACUCAAGGAACGUGUGAAGAAGAAUGCUGAAGGGCAAAAAGCUGUGUCGCUGGGCGAGCUGAGCAAGAUACUAGACAUCCCUGAAGAAGUGUUAGCUCGGACCCGAGAGGCCGCUCCCGGAGAGCUGUCCUCCCCGGAAUAUUGGUUAGAGUGGUACCGGAGAACACUAGCCACUACUGCUGCUGCUAAACGUGCGAACCGUGACUUUAGGUCAACCCCGAUUGGGAAGACCGUGCUCGAAGGCGAGCAAGAAUACGACAUCCCAGCUCAAACGGACGCUGAUGACGACGCCGACAAGAGAAAGUUGGAGGAACUCGGAGGAGUGUUCUUGAAAAUGUUGGCGUGGAACUAUCUGAACACCCUCCCGUGGUGGGAGCGGUAA